AUGGCGGACUCUAAACCCUCGAUUCCUGUCAAAUCCUUUCACCUUCCCGUCUCCCCUCAUUCUCAAUUUGGAGGGUUUUUCUGCAUAAUCUAUUUCCUGUCUUUCAAAGUCAGACGAAGGCACGGCUUGCUUAUUCCAAUGGUGAAGAAAGAGAAGGAAGAGGACAAAAUUGAGAAGAUCAUUCGUGGUCUUCUUAAGCUUCCCGAGAAUCGGAGAUGCAUCAAUUGCAACAGCUUGGGGCCGCAAUAUGUAUGCACAACCUUCUUGACAUUCGUUUGCACAAAUUGCAGUGGUGUGCAUCGGGAAUUCACUCAUCGUGUCAAAUCAGUGUCCAUGGCGAAAUUUUCAUAUGAAGAAGUCAAUGCUCUUCAGACUGGGGGAAAUGAGAGGGCAAGGCAAAUUUAUUUUAAAUAUUGGGAUGAACAUCGUAACUCUUAUCCUGAUGGCAGCGACCUUCACAAACUCAGGGAUUUCAUCAAGCAUGUUUAUGUUGAAAGAAAAUAUACUGGGGAAAGAAGUAAUGAGAAGCUUAGAAGGCCGAGAGUGGGUGAUAACGAUGAGCGCUAUGACGGAAGGAAAGGUGGUGGUAUUUAUUAUGGGAGAAGUCCAAGUUACACGAUAGCCAGAAGCUCGGGUCUUGGGAUGACAAGGAGUCCUAGUUAUGAGGUAACUAGAAGUCCUAGCUAUGAGGUAACCAGAAGCCCGAGUUUCCAAGACAAGAGAUAUGUUCGUGACAGAUAUGGUUCUAGUAGAUUGAGUGCUGACAGAAGCUUCAAAUAUUAUUACGACGAAAUGAGAAGUCCUAGCUAUAUCCAAGAAAGUUCAAAAUAUGGCAGAGACUUUAAGAAAUCCCCUAUUCGCUUUGAGGUUGUUGAUGAUAGGUUUCGAGACAAUGAAAGUAGAAGUGGCCAGCCAUCAGAUGGCGGUAGGUUAUCACGCAAAGAAUCCAGAUCUGAAUGUCGAAGCAGGUCACCUGUAUCUAAGAAAACCAUUGAUGGGUCUAAAUCAGUAGCGUUACCUCCUGCUAAAAAUGUCCUAGCGGUACAAGUAGCCAAGCAGUCUGAGAUAAGUGAAGGGAAGGAAGUUGAUGAGAUUGUCACACCUUCUUCCAGCAAGGCGCCAACUGACACUACUAUUGCAGAAGAGAAAAUUCAAAAUUUAGAAAGUCUGAUUGACUUCAAUAAUGAUUCCAAGCCCUCCCAGCCUGUGGAACAACCACCUCUGGCCACAGUACAACAUCCUUCUGGUGACAACUCAACUGAUUCCUCCACGAAGAAAGAACCUUUAGCACCAAAGCCGAACACUGUCGAAUUUUUACUCUUUGAGUUGUCUUUUCCCCCAGUUGCAUCAUCUGAUGCUAAUGUUUCUGAAGCGAGUAACACUCAUCCAUCGAUUGUAUCAGAAGUCAAUACUGCUGUGGGCGGUGCUUCUUCGGAUGGAAGUACCUCCAUAGGGGUAUCAGCUACAUGUGAUCAUCCUGGAUCUUCAAUGCUGGAAUCUUCCCGGAACUUGCCUGCAGAUAAUGUUUCAGUGGCCGAGUCGUUGGAUCAAACAUUACAGGCACCUUGUGACGGAUCUGAAAGAUCUUCACCUGCAGAGCCCUACAGGCAGUCACUCUCAUUGUUUGAGGCCUUCAAUGCUUCUCCAUUUCCACCAACUGCUAAUUUGUCUGUGCAACCUUCCAAUGGAGGUGGCACAUCAGAAGCUACAUCUGACUCUUUUCACGAAUCCUCUUCUACAACUCACAACAGCGACAAGGUUAAGCAACAAGAAAAACUAGACAUGAAUCACAUGAUACCUUCUAUAGUUGUUUGCUCUAUUGGACAAGGCCAGACAACUACUGCAUCUGUUGGAGAUACAAACAAACAGUCAUCUACUUCCACAGAAACAUGUAAUGAGCAAGGACCUUCAGAUACUUCAGUUGAACAUGCUUCACAACAAAUCUCCCAACCAGCUAAAGAAUCUAACUCUGGGGUUCAGAAACCAUCUACCAUUGCUUUAGAAACAAAGACUAGUGGGAGGCAGGAACUUCCUGUGGACCUGUUUGCAUCAAGCUUCAUGCCAACACCAGGACCUUCAUCAAGUUGGCAGUAUGGUAGUAGUCCAUAUGACAUGAGCUUUGGCACGCAAUAUUAUCACAAUCCAAUGCAAGUCAUGGCAUACCCCAACACCAUGAAGUCAACAAAUCCAUUUGAUGACAACUCUCAGAGACAAACACACCCGUAUCCUACCAUGGGGAACUUUAGAGGUGCACCACCUUCUAAUGUGCCACAUCGUCCCAACUUGUUUCCUAGCUCCAGCAUGGGUCACAUUUCUUCAGCUAUGAUCCCGGAUGCUUCUCAAAUCCCUUCCCAAUCUUUCCCAUUUCAAUCGACGAUCUCUUCUGGCCCAUACAUUGAGCACCAACCGCAUUUGAAUGUGUCACAUUCUAGGCAGCAAGGAGGUAGCUUUGGCAGUGGUGAGGACCCUUUUGCUUCAUUGAAUAUGGUUCAGCAACAACGACCUGGUGGAGGAAACUCGUUCCAUGUCCGCCAGAACUCACUCCCGUCAAGGGGAGGAAACCCGUUUGGAUAG